GUUGAAGGUUGACGGCUGCUUACGCUCUGUCUCAUCCUCGGCUUCAGCCUCUGGGAGUUUUGUCUUGAGGAUAAAGGGCAAAGGAGGAUGAACGAGUCCCCUGGACUUAGUGCACUGUGCGAAAAUUCCAGCGAGGUCUUCUUAGACGCCUCUAAACUGCUGCUUACUUAUGCGGACAACAUACUGAGGAACCCAAAUGAAGAGAAGUACAGGUCAAUACGGAUUGGUAAUCCUACCUUUUCCACCAGGCUGCUCCCCAUCAGAGGAGCAGUUGAAUGCUUGUUUGAGAUGGGCUUCGAAGAGGCAGAAACGCAUCUAGUGUUCCCGAAGACCGCUUCUGUGGAGCAACUGCGGCGGAUCCGGGAGUCCAUCGCAGCAAAGAGGGACCAGAGGCUUGCAGCUGGGCAGACCACCUCAUGCCUCCAGGCCACUGCAUCCCAGCAGCCACCUAGAGCAACAUCAGACCCUGUGGCCCCGCCCCUUUCUGCUGCUCAGACUGCCGAAAUCAUCACUCAGAAGAAUACCAUGAGGUUCCUGAAGACACUGCAGGCUAACAGCCAGCAUGUGCUGGUGUAUGAGAGCCCCGCUCUGCAGCAGAAAGCACUAGCCUGCAUUCCUCACCAACAGUUGAGGGUUGCAGCUCAAGAUAAGCUAGAACAAGCCAGGAAAGCAGAUUCAGAAUGUAAUCUGAUGGAGGAAGAUCUUCUGAUGCUGGAACUGCUGAGGUGGUUCAAAGAAGAGUUCUUCACCUGGGUCAACUGCCUCCCCUGUAGCAACUGUGGGGGAGAGACCCAGUCCUCAGGAUCUCUGAGCCCCUCUGCCGAUGAUUUGUGUUGGGAUGCUCACCGUGUGGAAAACCAUCAUUGCCAAAGCUGCCAGCUCUCUACCAGGUUCCCCAGGUACAACAAUUCAGAAAAGCUGCUGGAGACCAGGAAAGGGCGAUGUGGGGAAUGGGCAAACUGCUUCACCCUAUGCUGCAGAGCCUUAGGUUUGGAGGCCAGGUACAUCUGGGACAGCACAGACCAUGUUUGGACAGAGGUGUACUCCAUUUCACAGCGGCGCUGGCUACACUGUGACCCCUGUGAGAAUGUAUGUGACCAGCCACUCCUCUAUGAGGUUGGCUGGGCCAAAAAGCUCAGCUACAUCUUUGCUUUCUCCAAGGAUCAGGUGGUGGACGUCACAUGGAGGUACUCCUGUAAGCACAAAGAGGUUCUGUCUCGGCGGACGCAGGUCCAGGAGGGGUGGUUGAUGCAGACUGUGAAUGGGCUCAACUCUGUGAGGCAGCAGUCUCUCAGCCCAGAGAGGAGGAAGGAGCUGCAGGAGAGGUUGCUGAUGGAGCUGGUGGAGUUCAUUUCCCCCAAAGCUCCCAAGCCAGGCGAGCUGGGGGGCCGAACCUCUGGAUCCCUAGCGUGGAGGACAGCCCGGGGGGAGACAGGUGACACUAGCUUGAAGGCAGAGGAGUUUGUGUUUGUUCCAACGGAAGCUGAGAAGAGAACCAAGGUGUUUCACCUCCGGUACAGCGUGACGAAAGACUGCUACUUCCGAGUCUCCAAUGGCCAGGAAGAGCUGCAGGGCUGGGAACAGGGCACCUGGAGGAGGGAGGCUGUCUUCCGGAAAGUGGAAGAUGACUGGCAGAUGGUUUACAUUUCUCGGACUGAGGGUUCUUCCUCAGGGAAGAUCAGCUGGAAGUUUGACUGCCAACCUGUUGGACUGAAGAUCAAGACGGUGUCCGUCAGAGCCAGCAGUCAGACCUUUCAUUCCGGCAGUGUCAUUUGGAGAAUGCACUCGGGGCAGGACACGAUAGAGUUCUCAGGAGACAGUAAAAUGCACUCUGCUCCGAGUUUAUCUGGCUCCACAGAGCUGAUUGUGGAAGCGGAGCUCAGUGGAGGUGAUGGACUGUCAUCAUGGCAACAUUCGCAGCUCUUUAGGUGCAGUCUGAAAGAACCGGAGUCGUCCUCAUUUGAGAUCCUCAUAGACAUGGUGGAAGCUUGAUGAGAGGUUUUGUUGUACAGAUGCUCCUUGACUUACGAUGGUUUGACUUAUAAUUUUUCGACUUUACAACGGUGAGCUG